AUGCGACCGGCAGCGAGAGUCAUGGAUCAUCCCAAGGACACCGCACUCUCCACCGUGGAGGUGGAUAUAGGUCCACAGGGAGCCGUGCCUCAGGUCGAAAGUUUGGACAAGACCGAGCAGCCUAUUGCUCCGGAUCAGUUCGAUGAAAAGUACCGCACGAGCCGGAAUGAGAUCUGGGCUUACUAUGCCUAUUACAUCGGCAAUAACGGGUUGUCACUCUUCAACUUCGCGCCCACUGCAUUCCAGAAUUUGCUUUAUCAGGCAGCCCCCUCGGAUGGCAUCAUGGUCUUCGCCGGGCGCCCGCGCUCAAUCAACAGUAUCGUGCUGCUGUGCAACGGGAUAUCCUUCGCAAUCCAAGUCGUCGUAUUUUUGACGAUCGGUAGCUUCGCUGAUUUCGGUCACUGGAGACCCAACAUUCUCAUCGCGCUGUCGAUCAUCGCCUACGCUAUUGGCUUUGGCUGGUUGGGAGUACAUACUUCCGACAAAUGGGAGGUCGGUGUCGGCCUCUAUAUUGUUGGCCUCAUCGCCUACCAAACAACAUUGACAUUUUGGACGGCUGCCUUCCCAGGCUUGGCACGCAAUACCAUUGAGAUGAAAGAGAAAGCAGACGCCUACGUCGCGGGGAAUAUCACGCGCGAAGAAUACGACUAUGCCGAUACCAUGAUGCGAAGCCGUUUGUCUAACGUGUCCUUCUAUGUGCAAUCAGUGGGCGAGAUUUUUGUCUUGGUGAUCAUCGUUGGAAUCAUGUUUGGCCUUGAUGUGAAUGCUAGCGAAGCGAACAACAACUGGGGUCUAAGUGUGUUGAUUGCGUUCGCUUCUGGUGUCUGGCUGCUUGUUUCCUUGCCCUGGUUCUUCCUGGAGAAGCGUCGUCCCGGCCAAGACCCUGGAAGACGAGGGAUUCUCAUUGCGGGUGCAUGGCAGCUUUGGCAUGCGAUGAAACAAAUCUGGCAGCUGAAGCAGAGCUUGCUCUAUCUCAUUGGCUAUUUCUUGCUUGGAGACUCUUUGAACACUACUGUGACCGUGAUUGGAACUCUGCAGAAUAGCAUUGUUGCCUAUAAUUCCCUCCAGCUGACGUACCUUCUUAUUGUUGGCAUCGCGGCGCAGGCCGUCGGCAUUUACGCAUUUUGGUAUAUUCAGCAGCGCUUCCGCUUGGGAACCAAGACCAUGUUCAACACCAUUGCAGUUGGUAUUAUUCUCCUCGAUGGCUGGGGCAUGAUCGGAAUCUGGACCGACAAAUUCGGCUUUCAUAACACGUGGGAAGUCUGGGUCUACCAAGCAUUCUAUGGCCUGUUCAUCUGCCCCUGGUACAGUUACUCGCAAAUCAUGAUCUCAGAAGUCACACCGCGUGGCCACGAGUUCCUGUUUUUCAGUCUGUUCAGUAUCAUUGGCAAGACAUCAUCCUUCAUCGGCCCGAUUGUCUCGAGCGCUAUCAUCGAUGCCAGCCCGACGGGCAAUAAUUCGGCUCCCUUCUACUUCCUAUUCGCGCUAAGCGUGGUCAGUUUCGGCAUCUUGGCGUUUGGAGUUGAUCUGAAGAAGAGCCAAGCAGAACAGGAGAGGUUCCUGCAGGAUAAACAGCGGCGCCUCAAGGAGAAGAUGCCGUCUCCCGCGUAG